CUCAACCUUUAGGGAAUUCCCCAUACUCCACUCAAUAUCAGUCGAGUCAGAUCAUAUCCAUCAUAUCCACUGAUGAUACGAAUGAAGAUCCCAUUCACAAGGACCAACAUACGCAUCAAGGGGACCACCAAAUGGCAGAUCGGGGUUGCUAUAGUAAUAGGGUUCGUGGGGGGUUACCUGCUCCUGCCGUACGUGUUUCCCGUCCCGCCCCCUUCCUACGGUGUGAGGAGUGUAGGUGUACGGGAUCGUCAUCACCCAUUCGGAGCCCCCGCCAAACUCUCGCCAGGUGGGCAAGACCAGAAGAAGUGGGCGGAUAUGCUCAAGAGCAGAGUUAGGGACAGAGCGGUACAUUUCGACUCUACAGGACGUCACUUCAUAGUGGAGGGUAAGGAGAAGCUGAUACUGAGUGGAGCAGUGCACUACUUCAGAGUGGUACCAGCAUAUUGGGAAGACAGGCUGCUACGUCUCAAGGCCGCCGGUCUUAACACUGUGGAAACAUAUGUACCGUGGAACAUGCACGAGCCCCUCCCUGGUCAGUUUGACUUCACUGGUAUACUGGACCUGGGCGAGUAUAUCCGCACAGCCCAACAAGUCGGGCUGCACGUCAUAGUGCGUCCUGGUCCGUACAUCUGUGCAGAGUGGGAGAUGGGAGGACUGCCAGCAUGGCUGCUGCACUACAGAGACAUGCAAGUGAGGACCACACACAGGGAGUACAUGAAUGCAGUGGAGCAGUACUUUAGACAACUGUUUGAGGUGCUCAUACCGCUCCAGUCGGCCUAUGGUGGACCAAUCAUAGCCUUCCAACUCGAGAAUGAAUACGGAGCAGUCUCAGUGGAUGAUGAUAUGGGCAAAGACUACAUGACCUUCUUAUUUCAGAUGCUACGAGAGAUGAAUGUGGUUGAGCUGCUGUUUGUGUCUGAUGGAGCCAUCUACUUUAACUCCACCCUCUCCCGUCUCCCCAUGGACGAGGUCCUCAUCACUGUCAACUUCAUGAAUGAGAGGGGGGCCCUCGACACACUCAACAAGAUACAGCCGUCCAAGCCUGCUAUGAUCAUGGAGUGGUGGUCUGGUUGGUUUGAUCACUGGCAGGAGGAUCACCUGACUCGUAACCAGGGGGCGGAGCUAAUAGCGGAGAGACUCACUGACUACAUCACACGAGGCGUCUCCGUCAACUUCUACAUGUUCCAUGGUGGUACCAACUUUGGGUUCAUGAAUGGAGGUAACUGGGACCGUGACAUGCAUGGGAAGUACCAACCCACCGUUACCAGUUAUGACUACGAUGCUCCAGUUAGCGAAUGUGGAGAUCUUACAGAAAAGUACAUCAACAUUCGCGAAGUUAUUCGUAAAUAUGCACCGGACAGUAUGCCCACCAACCCCCUCCCGCCGUUGCCUGGCAACCUCCCGAAGAGAGCCUAUGAUGAGACGCGAUUGACAUUAUACAUUCCAAUCACCUCCACCCUUCAAUUCACACCCGAGCCUUAUUAUGCGGACCGCCCCAUACCCAUGGAGUACCUCCCCCUCAACAAGGGGUGGGGCCAGGGCUAUGGUUAUAUCCUGUAUCGUACCACCUUGCCUCGUACAGCAAGCAAAGUCAGCGUGUAUGGUCUGAAUGAUUAUGGAGUGGCAAUGAUAAACUCAGUACCUGUGAAGCAGCUCUCUUACUUCAAAUUUGAAUCGUUUGUCAUCCCUGAAAAUGCUAAGACAAAGAGCCCUGAGGGUGAGGGGAUGACUCUGGAUAUACUGGUAGAGAAUGCUGGCAGGGUUAACUUUGGUAGCCCUCUGGAGAACAGGAAAGGUAUUAAUGGUAAGGUCAUGGUGGACGGCAAGGAGCAACUCAAGUGGAAGAUGUACUCACUGGAGUUCAAGUCAUCGUAUGUUGAGAGCAUCUACUCUGGUGGUAUGUGGCAGCGGACUCCCUCGCCCACUCAUCCUGGCCCCGCUCUCUUUAAGGGGACGUUCACUAUACAAGGUCCAGCCUGUGACACCUUCCUGGACAUGAAGGGGUGGGGCAAGGGUGUGGUCUUCAUUAACGGUGCUAACCUAGGUCGCUACUGGAGUGUAGGUCCACAAAGGACUCUGUAUGUACCCGGCCCAGUCCUGAGGGAGGGGGUCAAUAAGGUAGUGAUAUUCGAGUUCCACCAGCCGAAGAUACCACAGAGUAUUGUAUUUAGAGACAGUCCCAUCCUGGACAAAGACCACGCUCCUCUUCAAACAUAGCAACACUCACCAUAGCAACACGUACUAUCAUAUGUGUGUGAAUUAUUUCUAAUUACAGCACCUCUCAUCUUGAUAACUAUGUAUGGACCUGAUCAAUUGGCUCACAAUUAAAUACUUUUUUGCACUAAUUUUAAAUUAUUUAUUAGUACAUUAUUUUAAUAGUGUGAGCACAUAAUUACGUACAAUGUAAUAUUCUUGUGGUGACGAUAUUGAACAAAGAGUAUACGUACAUGAUCACAUGA